UAUGAACUCGUUCCGGUAUGGGCGGAGCUAAUGGGGUAACUUUCAUAACAUACUCCAGGACGCUACGAACUAAUACAUAAUUGGAACAAUCAACGGACGUUUUCACCCUCUAAAUAGGAGGCUAAGAUGGCCUCAGCUGUGGCCAACAGAGCCAUAGGAGCUAUUGUUGGAUCAGCUGUUGCAGAUGCUGCAGCCCAGCCGCUCCACUGGGUGUAUGAUCUCCAGAAACUAAAGGGGAUCUUGGCUGAGGAUCCACACCCGGAGUUCCGCUCUGAGUCUGCCAAUCCGUUCUAUAGGAGGAAGACGGGCCAGCAGAGCUGCUAUGGAGACCAGGCUUAUGUCCUGCUUGAGUCCCUUUCAGAAUGUGGAGGACUUAAUGUUGACGAUCUGAAACAGCGCACACUGAAAUUCUUCGGGCCAGGUUCGGAGUAUGACACUCCCGUCAAUGAUCCUUACCGAGAUCGUGGUGGCCCAAGACCUCAGCUGCCUAUUGAAGGACCAUGGAGACAUGCAAGCUUGAAGGGCUUCAUAAAGAACAUUGAUGCCGGCAAAGAGGAGACAGGCUGUGAGACGGACUGUCAGAUUGAUGGCAUCACCAAGCUGGCUCCUAUCGUGGCUUUUUAUGCAGGAAAACCUGACAUGUUGGAAAAGGUUGAACAGGCAAUCAGAGUCACCCAGAACAACGAUGAAUGCGUUACUGAAACUCUGGCAGCAGCAAGGAUUCUGGAGCAUUUCAUCCUGACCGGUCCGGAUCCUAAAGCUUUAGAUGUGGUGCUAAAUCAACUCAAUGACCCCAACAGAAAGCAGCCCCAGGACUUGGACAAAGCAGUGAUCAGUCACAUUCAUAAAGUGAAGGAGACUCUAUCAAAGUCUCCACAGGAGCUGAUCCCCACUGUUUUCCCCAACACCUGAGGUUUGCCAGGUGCAUUCCAGGCAGCGUUGCAUGGAGUUCUGACAGCCAAACAGUUUGAGACGGCCAUCAGAGACACCAUGAGCUGUGGGGGGUGCACCUGCAGCAGAGCCUCCUUUAUUGGAGCAUGCGUUGGAGCCCAGAUUGGGCUUGAAGGAAUCCCGGUAUCUUGGAUGAGCAAAACCUCACGAUGCAACUCUGUGGUGGCGUACGCCAAGAAUAUUACCAAACACCUGUAAUGCUGUAGUUCACAGUCUGAGGUGGCCGAGAGCAUCAUGAUAAACUGUUUGGCUCUGGCAGAGCUGUUAGUGAAGGCUUCUGUCUAAACUUAGGUGCGGCAGGAGCCUGAAGGUUCUGUCUCUGGUAGAGUUUAACAGGUUGGUUCAGAUGUUCUGGAAAUAUAGGUUCUCUUUUUGUUUGUUUGUUUUUUUCAUAAGUAAUUUGAAAAUGAAUUGAAGUCUCGAUCAGAAGCAGUAUGUAUUUUCACCAAGGACAACUUUAAUGUAGACUAAAAUUCUGUUUCUUUAAGCCUUGAUUUAGGCACAUGGAGCCACAUCGAUCAAAUAAAGCCAUCUUUCUUUACUAAACAAAUAAAACACUUGAAGGGGCCAAUCAAUUAACAUCCAUCAGCUUCCUGUUUUUAUCAAAUGUGUAAUUUUGAUAUGUUUACCUUCCAAAACAUUAUUAGUCUAACUGUGGAUCAACAGGAAAAAUGUAUACUCUGCACUUAUACAGUAUGAACAUAUGUACACCUACCUUGAUCGAUAGAAAGCUCUUUGAUGGUCUUAAUUGUUGAAGUGGGUUUCAGUCCUCUUUUAAGGGAAGUUUCAAAAUAAACAUUUGAUAAUCAGGUUCUUUGCUAAUAAAGUCAACCAUGCUUUUAAAAUCUCAAA